GUCUGUCGUUCCGUGAGGAACAUAGGUCAUCUACGACAGUCCUCCAACAAACACAAUUCUGGGCUGCUUUUGCGGCGUCGUGCCAGGUCAUGUCCUGCACUUUUAGUGCCGCCUCGGAGUCACGCCUCCAGAUUUGAAGCCUGAGAAAUGGCUAGAAGGAGCCCAUCAUCUCCAAACCCCAACAAUGCCACGUCAGGUUUCCAAGUCGAUCCACGCUUCAUUGAUUUAAAACCUCUGGGGUUUGGAGGAAGUGGUAUUGUCUUUUCAGCGAUAGACAGCGACUGUGACAAAGCUGUGGCCAUAAAAAAGCUUGCUUUCUUCGACAAGAAAAGCUGCAAGUAUGCGCUGCGUGAAAUUAAGAUUAUGAGGCGGCUCAAACAUGAGAAUGUUGUGACAGUGUACGAAAUCUUAGGACCCAAUGGGAACCAGUUAACAAAUUAUUCCAGCAGCAUUCCUCUGAACGAACUGACGUCACUUUAUUUAGUACAGGAGCUACUUGACACCGAUCUUCGGCAGCUGAUUCAGUGUCAGGUUCUGUUGGAGGAACACGUUCAACUGUUUCUCUACCAGCUGAUCAGAGGACUCAAGUACAUUCACUCGGCAAACGUUGUCCACCGCGAUCUCAAGCCAUCCAAUCUUCUUAUCAAUAUCGAAGAUCUCACUCUCAAGAUUGGGGACUUUGGACUGGCCAGGAUAGUUGACAUGGAAUAUUCCCAUAAGGGUUACCUCACAGAUGGAGUGGGAACCUGCUGGUACCGUUCCCCUGAGUUGAUUAUCUCCCCUAGGGACUACACUAAGGCCAUCGACAUGUGGGGUGUUGGAUGCAUUUUUGCCGAGAUGUUGGCGGGGAAACCACUUUUCUGCGGGGGAAAUGAAAUGGACCAGAUAGGGAAGAUUCUUGAUGUGUCACACCUGAGUGACAAUGAAUGGAACAAACUGACACAGGUGUUACCGAUCAAUAUCCUCCGAAACAGAUCCAGGACGCCCAAGACAGCAUUAAAAGCCAAGUUCAAGGAGUUAUCAGAAGAUGCCCUGGAUCUGUUACAGAACCUGCUCCUGUUUAAUCCGGACAGACGGAUGUCGGCAGAGGAUGCUCUGGAUCACGUGUACCUGGCAGAGUACAGGUGUCCUGAGGAUGAACCCAUUGUACUUCGGUCAUUCCAUGUGGAAAAUGAGGUGGACGAAUUGUCGCCUAAAACUCUGCGUCGCAUGCUCGGGAACGAGGUAUUGGAACCAGUCAUUCACUGUGGUCAGGCAUGUGACAUGAAUAAAAUCACUGACUCCAUGACCACAGACCAAGUCAUGGCCAAAAACCUGGAAAACGUCUCGAGAUCUUCCUCAUCUGAGAGUUUGUCAGAAAACAUGGAUAAAAAGUAUUCUGACAUUGCCCUGCUUUUGCAGAUGUCUGAGAAACUGAACUUUCUGGAAAAUUCUUGCCCUUCACAAAAAGAACUUUCUUUACAUGUAAUUGUAAAUCUUCCUGAUGAAGAAAACAAGAAAGAGCAACUCUCGCCAAAAGAGGAGAAAAAUGGGCAUCAGUCUGUUCCAAAAAAUAGCCAACAAACUGUCUUUCCUCGACAGAGAGAUGAAAGAAAACCCGAGGAGAAUGGUAUAAGAUUAAUUCCAAUUAACCAAACAGAACCACAGUUAACUUUGAAGAAGGACUUACCUGAAUUUCAAAUAUUUGAGGCCAAAGACAAUGAUUCCCAUAUUGAUAGCUAUACAUCAAAUUUAUACAGCGAAAAUGCUACAAACUUUUUAAAUGCAAAUAUGUGUACCGAUAUGUCAAGGGAUGAAAAAGUAGAUGAUAAUUCACAGAAAAUGUCCAAAAAUCUUAUAGCUCAUAGAAAGUCAACAAAUCAGAGGCAAAAAGAUAGAUUAAAUGAGGAGAGACGCGCCGAAUCGCCACGGGAAGUUUUUCAGAAAACUGAGAAAAACCGACCCAGGCUUCAUGCUGACAAACAUACAGACAUUAAACCCAAAUCAAAACAGAAACCCCGAGCAGAGAGUCGGAAAGAGGAGAAAAUGAAGAGAAACAAAAUUGAUAAAAAUCGAGAAAGUUCCGAUAGAUCGCAGGAUUUUGAUUCCAUGUACCGACUCCCAACAGAACAUUUAUUACAUCGGCGAGCUCGGCGGAAUGAUGACCGGUCUUCUAAUCGAGUUGAGUCGCAGCUCAGAAUACACGAACACAAGAACUCUCAACUUAAACUCGCAGAGCUUGAUAAGGAUAGGUGUAUAGGUGCCAUUGGUGGGUGUAACUUGACACCACCAGGGUCGGGUGAUUCGCAGGAGGAUAUCCCCACCAUGUUAGGUGGCCACCGAAGUCGCAGCAGCAGCGGAAGUUCGGAAACAGACAGUAACUUUAUCAACGAUUUCCCACGCAGAUCGGAACAUUGAAAGAAUGUGUAAAUCUUUGUUUUCAGAAAUUUAUUAAAUAAAUUCAGAUUGAUAUUAUGAAUACUACAUGCAUUUAUUCUACGAACAUAUGAUUAUUUCUUGCAUAAAAUAAUUAGCAUUUUCGAUAUGGAAUUAUACAUCUGAAUGUGUCAUGAGGCCACCUAUAAAAAAAAUUGUUUGCCUGCCCUCUCCCAACCCAGCAUUUAGAAUAUUCAAUAUGGGUAGGUAGGUUGUAUGGAAUUUUUUUUAUUAAAGAAAUUUUUUAACUUUCAAAAUUUAUCGAUCACAGUCUUAUUUUAUUUUGAUGUUUUUCAUUUUGUGGUCUCAUGUAAUUAAGCGUUUUAAAAAUUUUGUUUUAAAGAAUUGUUUUUUCAAAGGCUAAACAGAAGUUUUCAGUCGUUCUGUUUUUUGUCAGUCAGUCAGGAGAAGGCAAACAGAAUGCAGGGUGUCAAGUCCCUAUUUAUCCCUAUAUUUUCCUAUAAACUUGAAGGUUCCUAUAUUUUCUCUAUUAGUCAUUAAAAUCCCUAUAAAGCCCUAUAUAUCCAAAAAAUGACAGUCCUAUUUUCAAAAGUGAUAAAAAAGAGAAGAGAAAAUCCCCAAAAUUCAGGAACUGAUGCUAGAUUGAUAUUUAAUGAAAUUGUUAUGAAGAGAAUAACUAUGAUGAUUGUAUAAGAACUGUCUAUUGGAUGGAAAACUGUCCACAUCUGAAAGGAUUUUGUCUUUGUUUAUGUUUAUAUUAUUUCUUCUCCAGUUAAAUAAUAUGCUUGCUUGAUUUUUAUGCAGAAACAAUAAACUUUUAUUCAAAUUGUUUGAUAAAAACCCUAUUUAUUCUUAUAAAUCUGCUGUAAAAAUCCCUAUAUUUGCCCUAUAAACUGCAAAAAAAAAUUCCUAUAAUCCUACAUUUUUUUAGACCAAAAGUGGCUUGACACCCUGGACGAUGUUUCAAGGUUGGCCUGAAAUACUUUACAGUAAAACAUGCUUAUAGCAAAGUGCAGGGAACAAACAAUUUUGAUUCGUUGUAAACAGAGUAUGUUACAUCCUUUAAGUUUAUGAUAUGUUUUAAAACUGCAGGCAUGAAAAUCCCUUCACUAUAAAUGUGAAUUCAUUAUAUAUAAGUGUGUUUGCUGUAUCAAUGUUAUCUUAUCUUACUAUGGUAAGUACUAAUAAUGUGUACUAUGGUAAGUACUAAUAAUGUGUACUAUGACUGUGAUCCUUUUAUAUGAGUUUGUGUAUGUGUACUGGUAUUAAAGCAGCUAUUUUUUUUC